ACUUUCAGUUACUUCCAAGUAAGCUUUGAGAGGAGGACGCAGUGGAGGUGCUGAAGAGCACAGACAGCAUCUAUUGUGACUAUAUAUGAAAAAGUUGUUUUGCGGAAACAUUAUAGAUCAAAUCAACUGUAUUUUUGUACUUUGACCAAACCUAUACAUUUGGAUCUGUAUUGGUUAGCCCUCCUGAUUUGUGAUACUGAAGGAAUUGGAUAUACCUUGAAGAAUACGCAGAAAGGACAUCUGCAGUAACCAGACUGGUAGUGCUUCCAUCUCGCGGAUCGUUAGGAUAUUUAGCACUGUGCCCAGGAACAGACUUCGGUUCAUCGCUUUGCAUCUCAACUAGGAUCGACCGGCACAAGUGCACAGCGCUUGGAGACAGGAGACUGGAGCGAUCGACCAUACCAGUAAUUAUGGGGGACACCGUUUGGAAAUACUAUUUUGGAGUUGUGGUCAUUUUAUGCAAGACGGCUUUGUCCCGCUCGGCGGUUUUGGAGUCGAUCUACUGGAAUUCAACAAAUACCAAUUUCCUUCCUGGACAAGGACUGGUGCUGUAUCCACAGAUUGGAGACAAACUGGACAUUGUUUGCCCAAAAUCAGACUCCAGGGGAAAUGGACAAAAUGAAUAUUAUAAACUGUACUUGGUCUCAAGAGAGCAGGCUGAAAGCUGCACCAUCACCAAAGCAGACACACCUUUACUCCACUGCACCAAACCUGAACAAGAUGUCAAAUUUACCCUCAAGUUUCAAGAAUUUAGUCCAAACCUGUGGGGUCUGGAGUUUUCAAGAUACAAGGAUUACUUCAUUAUAUCAACUUCAAAUGGAACAAUGGCAGGCCUGGAAAAUCAAGAUGGAGGUGUCUGUAAAUUCAGAUCUAUGAAGAUCAUGAUGAAAGUUGGGCAAGAUCCUAAUGACCCAGGAUCAUCAAAAGAUAACAGUCCGACAAAGUCUCCAACAAAAGACACUGAGAAUGUUGGGAAAGGCUCUACAAAUAAAUCUGAAACUGGUGUAGAUGAAAACCAAGGAGGUAAAGGACCAAACACGGGUGACAACAAUACAACAGCAGGACAGUCCUCAAGCAUUAUUGGAUCCGAAGUGGCCUUGUUUGCGGGGAUUGCCUCGGGUUGCGUCAUCUUCAUAAUUAUCAUCAUCAUGCUGGUUGUCCUCCUGCUGAAGUACCGGAGGAGACACAGGAAACACUCGCCACAGCACACUGCCACUCUCUCUCUCAGCACCCUCGCCACACCCAAACGUGGUGGCAACAACAACGGCUCUGAACCCAGUGACAUUAUCAUCCCACUUAGGACUGGGGAUAGCGUGUUCUGCCCUCACUACGAGAAAGUCAGUGGAGACUAUGGGCAUCCAGUUUAUAUUGUUCAAGAGAUGCCACCUCAAAGUCCGGCAAACAUUUACUACAAAGUCUGAACCAGCAGUUUAAACUCUUUGAGGAUUCAUAUAAUACUAGAAUGGAGAAUUCCUAGCCUGCUGCUUUUGUGGUUGGGCUUUUGGUGGCUCUUUGUGCACUAUGAAUGACUUGGACUUAAGAAACUACGAUGAGAGAAGCAUUCAGUGGACUACCACAGUAAUAGUGUAUUUGCGUUCACUAAAACUGGAGGAUUGGCUGAAAUUAACUCAUUACAAUGUUUUUGUCUCUUCAGUUUAUAUGCCAUUCUAGGGAAUAUAAGCAGAACGGGAUGUUUUUGAGUGAUACAAGAUUCUGAGGACCCUUGUACUUAACUCCAGAACAUUACUUAAAUCGUUUCUUUUGUUAGACUUAAUUUAAGUGUAGUCAGCUCUUCAUUUUUUUUCCCCCCUUUUUAGUCUACCACUGUUAUCUCAACUACGGUUACUUGAUUAUGGUUACGGAAUGCCUGAUUUUUAAUUUCAUUUCCUUUUCAAUUUUGUAACCACACCACUGAAAAUGAAUAUUAACACUAUCUGUUUGCAUAUGUUCGUCAUACGUGCUACACAACAGCCACACUAGAAUGGGAAAUGACGUGUAGUGGUAGGAAAUCAGAGUAAGACCUCCAGCCUGAGGUUAGUGAUAACUGGGUCAAGGAAAGGAGUUCAUUUGAAGAAAGUCGUAUGCUACUGCUUGGCUAUGUGACCUUACACAGUACAAGUAGGACUUUGGUGGAGCGGAGGUAGGGACACAGCAAAAAUAGCUGAAGAUGGAAGCUGCUGCACUUUGAAUAUUUAUUAUGGUAUAAUUAUAGUUGAUCACUACAAUGCACCUACGGAGUAGAAAACUGAAGUGCAAGGGAAGGAGAGAAAGAGGAGAUGGCCCAGUGUGUCGCACAGGUGGUGUAUUGGCAUGGCAGGUGUAACUGUAGGUACAGGCAAUAAAAAAUAAAACUGCCUUACAGCUGUUUGAAGAACCCUAGUCUUCUUUGGGGAGCUACUGAAGCAGACUUAGGUACUAAAUUGACUGUUCUGUGAACCUAUUAUGGUGCGGGUACUAUAAGCUUCACAGCAGUUCAUUGGUGCUCUGUUCAACUGUAAAGCACAUAAUGCCUGCAAUUUGUUUUGCAAAUGGAACAUUUGUAAAUUUGAGGGGGGAAAAGGAUUUAUUUAUGAUAGGCGAUUAGAGCACAUGACUUGUAGAAUGAAAAUGUAAUAAUGUAUACCGGUAAAUGCACAUUAUGCAAGUUAGGUUAUUAAAACCAUUUCUGUUUUUUUUUUAACAAUCUGAAAGUCUCAGCUGCCUUUUUUGUUUUUUAAAAGAAAACCAAACAGAAAAAUUGGACAACUGCCCCUGGGAAAAUACAGCCCUGUUCCAAAAAUAACUAAUCCAAACAAAAAUAAGUCUUGUGCCGUCUCGAGUUGCAGGAGAUGAGGAAACACAAGCCCCUGAAUACCAGGAAAUGAAUCUUCAUUAUAUAUUAAACAAUAGCAAGGUGUUCCGGCAUUUACAGUCAUUGUGUUUCAUUUGUCUAAUGUGUUUUAAACAUUUAUCAGUUCGAAUAAAGAAUAGUUUUCAAAUGGGGUGCCCUCAUGUAAUGUAAAAUACUUGUAUUUUUUUUUUAAAAGUCCUGUUUUAAUAUAACAAUAUCAUUGUAUUCUGGAAUGGGAAUAAAAGUGUAACUAUUUUAAUAUUCCUAAUUCUCAAAGGAAUACUUGCAUAAAUGACCUGUCACAGAAAUUAUAUGACUUCGACUACUUCAUGAACCUGAAAGUUACAUUGACCAAGAAGUAGAAUAGAGCAUGCACACUUCAUGGCUCUCUACCGGUUUGUCAUGGUUGCCAAGUACUGCACAAAUGCAUUUAAAAAAAUAAUAAUAAUCUGCAUACCCGUGAAAAGUGUUCUUAAACCUUUGGUAAUUAUAAAAGGUAGCUUGAAUCUGCUGUUGAUUUAGGAUUUUUUUUUUCCCCUGAAGCAGUUCUUUAUGUAACAUAAUUUGGCUGUGUGGUGGUUAUGAGGUAAACUGUGAAUUUUAAUGAAAUGCAACCCGCAAUCAAUUGAAAUAUCAGUGUUGUGGUUGCUGCAAGUCUGGUCCAGAAUAUGACAAUCGUAUUAACUAGUUUCUUUUAAUCUGAAGUUAGUUAAGACAUCAGGCUGUUACUGUAAAUGCCUUGCUUGUAUGGUCAUCCCUAGUCACCUGACUUUGAAAUUUGCACCGUACAUUAGUAGUGAAAGAUGUAAAUAUGUUAACGUUUGUAUUGUAUAUGGAAAAUGGGUUGUUACGAUAGCCUUAUUCACCUUUUUAGAAAAUAAAAAAACACAGCAAAACAUAAUUUUGGUAACCAGCUUGUGUAAAUAAUGAAAUGUUUUUAUAAGAUGUUUUGUAUAAAAUUAGAUUUUUUUGCUAUGUAUUUUAGCUGUAUCUUGUUUUAAAAGCAGUGUCAUUUCCCCCUGUUUGCACUGUUUAAAAUAAUUGGUUAAAUGGAAAAUAAAUAGUUGCCAAAUUUGACUGCUGCAUAUAUGUGCCAUAAGCGUGUACCAUGAAUAUUUAUUUAAUUUUCUUUGUCCAGUUUGUAAGUAACACAGUAUUAUGCUUGAGUUUAUAAAUAUUUUAUUCUCAUUGUUUUACUUAGCCUGUUAUGGAUUCUAAAUUGCUUUAGUUCCACAUUGCAGUUAUAAUGGCCAGGGAAAAAAAUCAAAAAUCAAAAAUGAGAAGUCACAUUCCACAAGUCUGUUACAAACUGAAAUUUGUUUUUCAAUAAAUUGUUUUUCCUAUGGA